AUGUCUUCGAAACGCGGCAAGAGGAUCUCCAUGCCGGCUCGGCUCAACAGGGACGAAGAGAGUGACGGAGACAUGGAGAUGGAGGUCGAGGUCGAGGUCGACGGCACGAGCACGAGUAGCAAUCAGUUGAACUUGAAGAGGAGUGAGGAGAGUUUGAGGAAGAGUAUGGCUAUUGAUGUUGGCCUCCGCAAAGGACAAAGACAGCAACGUCUGGAGCAGGAGUUUGAGGCCCGGUUUCAGGAGCUCAACGCCCAGGUUGACGGGAGGGUGGAGAGGCACCAGCAGGACAUGAGGCGGUAUCGAGACGACUUCCUGACCAGACUGCUCGCGUUAACCGAGAGGAAGGCAGAUGUUGAGAGACGGAUCAUUCACGCAGUUCAAGAGCUCGGCAGGGCGCAUGAAAUGAUCAAGCAAGAGUUUGAAGCCAUUCUGCAAGGCCGGUCGGCGGAUGUUUGUGAGGCCAUGAACACCCUGCGCGAAGUCGAGAAGGCGAGUACGAGGCCGAAUUGA